UGUUCACCCCCGAAGUAUCUCAGCUAACGAGCUCACCAUUGACCGGAAUGCCGCCAUCGAUAUUUUCGGCAGUUACGUGCCUCACUUCUCAUAUCAAUAGCGCUUUUCUGCUGAACGAACGCGCAUUCUAAAGCAGCUCCAAUGCCCUUCGUGCGCAUAGCUUAAAGUAUAACGUAACACUUGUGAACACUAUCAGCAAACCAAAACCUUAGUAGAGUCUAACAGCAACAUUCAGUGAGCCGACAUAAAAAGAACGUGGCUUCAGGAGUCGAUUUGACAGUUGGACAAGCAACAGAUUAAGUUCGGCAAAAACCAAGUCGAACAAUGUAACCUCUCAUAGGCCAACAGUGAUAUUCGCCAUCGAGUCACCGUAGGAAUACGGUAUAGCCGUCAACUACUUGGGCAGCUGCCCGUGGCAGCGCUGUCGUAACCAAUAGCCUCUUACCAAUAAAUUUCUGUUGUGGGCUGACUCGUUCUUCAGUAUGUUUUUGCUGACUUCCCUCGACAUGUUUUCUUCCGAUCGCCUUCGUAACAACCGCCAUGAGUCCAACAGGAACGGUGCUUUCCUUCACUGUCGUAGAGAAUACCACUUUAACUCUCCUUUUUCAGUUGCUGACUAGCAUUUUUAAACAGACUCACGUUUAUUGCCGUAUAGCCACAAUUUAUCUGCAUUGUAUUCUUCGCACCGGUUCUGUGGGUUUUGUUCCGUCUUGUUCUCAAAAGCGUACUUUUCUACCCCCUCACGUGACUGGUGCCAGGGUUUGUGAGGUCGUUGCGAAAACAUGCAUCAACGACCGUCGGCGUACAUGCUUCGGGGUCUGCGUACAACAUCAGUCAACCACGUCGUACACGAAUCGGGGCUGAUCGACUCGAUCAGACUGCCGGCCCUAUGCGCCGUGGAUUGAGCGCAAAAUGUACGACAGAAAAAUGGUUGACAGCGUAAUCAGAAGUUAGCAUCGCUCAGACUCGCUCGACAAUGCUACUGGCUCACGCCAACAAUCGGUCUUCUGCAGAGAAAAAAGAUGCUGAUAUAAGCUUCGGGAUGGUGUUAAGAUGCUGAUUUGUGUUCAAGCACAAGGAGUUGAGGGGUGCUGGCCGUUAGGGCCUUAGGGUCGAUGGCCCCCCUCCUUGGCUAGGUUGCAGAGUGUUAUCGGGGUGUCUAAACGACUGAGCAUGAUGUGAACCGAUGCUCCGUCGCUGAUGACCAUGCAACUGCGACAAAGUGUGUUUGUGUGUACAGAUGGUUCGGAACAGGUACAGAGGGGCUGGCUGACCCACGAGAGCUUGGUGCAGCUGAAGUUCUUCGACAACCCUGUCUCAAUUUGGAAGAAGAAAUUCCGUUCGGCUCGUAUCUCGUACCGCGUCUCGCCUAUCGAUCUGGCACGAAAGAUGAGCGCACUUCGUGAACCAAACUCAUCAGUAACGUCUCUGGGCGAGGACAGUGAGCAGCAGUCCAACUUCAGUGAUUCGGGUGAUGCCCGAUUUCCGUUUGUUGAAGUAGCUGUAAUGAUUGACGGGCAAGAUGACUUCCAGCCGCAAGGGCAGUUCGGAACGAUACAUCGUCCUGAAAACUUUGUUGUCGCCCAGGCACUUACUCUCAAUCCACAUACACUGGCGUUUAUGAUUGAUUUCUACGUGUGGCCAGCAGAGCAGGAUGCUUUUGAUGACUUGUCGAGCGGAACACCCGAGUUACCGGAGCACAUCGGUUUUGCCUACCUCAUACCAUCGAACUUGCAAGGAUCUAACGGGAAUGUUACCAUCCCGAUAACAGGAACCCGACACCAUCCGAUUGGUGAGCUAACUCUUCGCUAUUUGAUCGUCAAGCCGCUUAAAGGGUAUAGAUGCACAGCUGAGCUUACUUUUGCUAAGUUUUGGAAACGUCAUAAGCGCGGCCUGGAUGUUGGCCAUCGCGGUGCCGGUAACGCCCGACGAACCGAUAUUAAGAAAGACAAGCUCCCAGCCUCAGCCAAGGUGGAGAACGUUCUGGAAAAUACAGUCGCCUCGUUCAACUACGCCGCUCGUCAUGGAGCUGACAUGGUCGAACUAGAUGUUCAGCUAUCAAAGGAUAAGGUGCCUGUUAUCUACCACGACUUUCACAUUAAUAUUGCUAUAAAAAAACGCCGACGUACGGCUAAUGAGGAAGAACCACUUACCGUGGCCGUGAAGGACCUCACAUCGCAGCAACUGCACGAUCUCAAGCUGCAGCCAGCUGAAAGGCACGCCGAAGCGCGACUGGAGUUUACCGAUGAAGAUAUCGACGACAACCAGCCAUUCCCAACUCUAAAAACAAUUUUGACGGCUGUAGAUGGUCGUGUCGGUUGUAAUGUUGAGAUAAAAGCUCCACUACAGUAUGCUGACGGUAGCUGGGAACUCGACUAUCCGUUCGAUAUGAAUGAAUACCUGGAUAUCAUUCUAAGCGAACUUCUUCAGCAUUCCGGCGACCGAUUCAUUCUGUUAUCAUGUUUCCAUCCUGACGUCUGCACCAUGAUUCGGUAUAAACAAAACAAAUAUCCGUUGCUGUUCCUCACACAAGGAGUUACCAGCAAAUAUCCCGCCUACCACGAUCCGCGAACGAGCAGCACUCAAAUGGCAGCCUAUUUCGCAAAAACUACGGGAAUACUUGGCGUAAACGCCCAUACCGAGGAGCUACUUGCGAAUCCUGACUGCAUUACGCUAGUGAAAAACAAAAAGCUCAUUUUGUUCUGUUGGGGCGAGGACAACAAUACGACCGAGGGCAUCGAAGCCCUUAAGCGAAAAGGAGUCGAUGGCGUGAUCUACGACAAGGUCGAUUGCUUAAUUGACGGUGACCGACAGGAGGUCUACCUAAUGCAGCCGAUGAUGGCUUCCGAGAUGCUCGAAGCUGCCAAAUCGUGCCAUUUUCAGACGGCCGAUGACGCCUCAGACUCUGUCGGUCCGAUGAAUUCGAGCCAUGUCGCCGCAGUGACCGCAGUCGCUCCUCUGCCCCCCGUUGUUGCUCCACCCACAGCGCCUCUCGUAGCCGCUGGCAUUGCUACCCCGGCCGAAAGUCCCACACCAUUCACCAACUUCCAGCGGCCUUUUCAGGCCAUCACGACUGGCAAGUCGUAAGAGCACGACAGCAAACUUAGUAGCGGAUUUGAAAACGGAUAUAUAGAUGUAUUGAUCGCCUCAGCGCCAUUUUAGCUAUGCAAGAUCAACGAAUUAACUCGCGAACGAAAAAAGCGGAAAAAGUACGAAUUGCGCGAUUACCUGGGAGGAAGGACGCAUGCAACCUAGGGCUGAUUCUCAAACGCUUUAAACGCUUACAGAAACGCGGCCGUGUUGACUGCCCCUAUGGAGCUUUUAGAUCGUAGAGUGAAUCAAAGUAUGACGAACAGGACGUGGGAAAAACAAGAAGAUUCGCAUAUUUAUUCGUUCAGCCUUCUCAAAACAGCAAAGGCUGAAAAAAGAUCCUUACAGUCAACUUUUGAAAAUAAGGCCAGAUGAUAUGUAAUAUUCAGUUGCUAGUCCUAGCUGUACAAUACUUGGUUUGCGUAUCGUGCGUCGUCUCUCUCCCCAGGCUAGCCAUGUAUCUUAAACAAGGCAAGCAUAACAUUGCAACACCUGCGACCCAAAAGCUAUAUAAUACACAUGAGGAUAGCCACUGCUGAAAAUUGGCAGUCAUCAUCGCUGGCUAAUGAAGCCGGCAACGUGGCGCUAUUUCGCGCGGCAGAAAAAGGACCUGAAAACAAAGAAGAGCUGCGCGAGGUAGUUCACGGAAGCUAGAUUUCAAAACUCACAAAACACAACUAUCGUACAAUGCUGCCGAAGUUAGGCGUAUAGACCACUCACUUGAGUGGUGAUGAAUGAGAACAUAUAAUCGUAUAAACUCGGAGGCUUAAUGUUACCAACGGUAGGAUGAUAUGGUCUAGCACGACUGAUACAAUGUUAGGAUAAAUAGAUUGGACAAAAGUGCUUGUGUAUUCGUAUAAUUAUCGAUUGUAGAAAAGACAGCUAAACUACGCAAUAACGGAGAAAAUGUAUGGACCUAAUUUAAGCUGGCGUGUGGAGCGGAACGGAGAACAAGAAUGGACAGACGGCUAGCAAGAGGCAAUACAGUAAGCAUGCUCAUAAUAGUUUUUACCAUUACUAAUUAGAAUAAUUUGCCUCAUUAAUAGGGAACGACAGUGGGCACAUAUAUCCUGAAACGCUGAAAUAGCUUGGCCUAUUGUAAAUGCAAGUUUGUGGAUCUAAAUAGACGAUAUUGCUUUAUUGUAUAAAACACAGUAACACAGCAGCAUAUAUAUAUAUAUAUUUGCUUGUGUACCUCCCCUUAGUUAUUUCUCUAGACGUCUAUCUGGCAUACAUUCACAGAUCUAAGCAGACGUCAACAACAAUAAUAUAUAUACACUAACGCCUAUAUAAAAACUAUAUAUUGCUUUGUGGUUGUAUGAGAUAUGAGAGCCUUAUACUGCAAUACAUAUAAUACCAACACCUCGCUUUAUAACAAGUAACAAUGUUUUUGGUGCCUUCGAAGCACUCAAAGCGAGCGAAAAGACAAUGUAUAUAUAAUAUUCGGUAUCUAUUCGCCACUAUCAAGAUACUGAAUUCGGAGAGCGGAUUACUCUGUAAGUUGAUCAGUGAGUUGCACAAACUUCAUACUACUAAAAGCGAGAGGGAAUUUGAUUAAUACUACUCUUGCAUACAUUUCUAACGAUACUGACGUAUUAAAAAAGUUUGCCUCUCACGACCCCACCAUGCGCCAGCCCACGUCCCACCGUGACUAACAAACCCAGGAGCUCUGAAGUCCAUUCCUCGUAUGUGACCUACUCAUACAGAAUGACCACAAAUAUUUACAUGCCCACAGAUCGAGACGUAUUCAUUUCGGACGUAUUAGGCACCACCACAGUAAAGAGAUCCAGUAUGUGCAAAGAUCCAGAAACAGAAGAAGGGUGGCAAAAAUAAUGAAUAACUAACUCUUCUACCAAACAAAACUGUAUUUUUAUAAAAGAAACAAUGACGAUCUAAAUUGCCAUUGCGGAUCAGACAUCCUAGUGUUGGUCCUCGCUAUAUCAGGACAAUUUACACACAGACAAGUUAAAAAUUGCAUGAAUACGACAACAAAAAUCAUAAGAAAUUAAUAUUCGUGAACAUAGCCAUAAACAGCUCAGCAGUCAGCGAAAAUCGCCGAGCUGGGUUCACAUAUGGACACCAGCUCCGAGCUAUUAUUGUUAUUACUAUUAUUAUUACUGCCGCAUACCCCCAAUUGUGUGCGCGUGAGAGAAUCGGAGACUACCUAUAUUCUCCUUAACGUUGUGACAUAUACUAUCCACCCAACAAUAUCUAUCGCUAUUUACGUUUAUUAUUCUAGUAUAAUAAUAUAGUAGUAGUGGUAAAAAGCAGCAACAUUAAUGUCGGAUUAUGAUAAUGAAAAGAACUGCUGAGGGCUAAAGAUCAUUCAAGAUUUAAAUUCGAUGGUGAUGAUGAGAACGUAAUAUCUAUGGUGACUAGGGUUAGAAUCGAAUGGUAGCACGAACGCGAGGGAAGAAUGUUUAACUAAACUUAUACAUCAAAUCUGUGUCUUACUACUGCGCUAAUUAUCCACAAAUUGGUCCGACUACCGUUGGGAUCAUAGUGCUUCGAUGACAGUGAUACCGCCAACAAUACAACAAUGUAAUGGGUUGUAUCACAAUACAGAAUCUACCCUGUUCUAUGGAAACUUUUCUGUUUUGGACCGGUUGAAUCUCGAGGCAGUAUGAUCUCUCCUAAAGAUUUUUCAAACAACAUGAGUAAACUACAUAUAAUUUACGAAGAGCAUAUCAAGCAAUACUUAUCAGGUUUACUUAUAUGCUUAUCUAUAUACCAUUAUUUAUAAUUUAUUCAUAAGCUAUUUAGUUUGUGUAAAAUUAACGUUUGUAAAUUUAAUACAUAGGUCCUUUUCAAGUAUAGAAAUGGGGUAUAUUUUUGGUAACUGUCAUAGACACUUAGUGGUUACCGAAGAAGAAAGCAAAUAGGUGAAUUAUCAGGCACGCCCCUUGUGGGUUUUAUCUUUGCGAAAACCCUUUUUAGUGGGUUUUCUAGUCUAAAAAUCUAAUCUUUUUACUGUGACCUACUUGCCUUAUGGAGUAUGUCGAACGAGGCUCCCCUUGUGGAGUAUAUUGAACAAGACUCCUUAUCUAUGUCAGGUUUUCUCUUCACUUAUUUUAACUAUUCAUGAAUCAAGGGCGCUGCUUAAACUGAGUCAUUCUUGAGACGACUACCUAUGCGGGUUACCAAGCCCCAGUGAGACCAUCUGGCGACAAAGUUUGAUCGAAAAAUGCUGAACAUGUUCCCGAUUUUUUCCAUUUAUUGUUUAGGUACAAUCACACAUAAUACGAAAAUAUUUUUGUAGAGUUCGCCUAGCGCAUCUACACAAUGUACUAAUCAUU